GGAUAUGCGCGCAAGUUUUGGCAGGACAGAGGGGGCUGUCUGCUGGUCAGAACUAUAUCAAAGACCCUUCAAACACAGGAAUAUUCCCACAGUGCCUUAACAAACCAUCUGUUUGUCAAAUCUGAAAUAUUUUCAACGCCCCCCGGUUCGACAAUAAUGACUGCGACUGUUGUGUCUCCUUUCUUCGAUUUCGAAGUGACGAAUAAGAACAUUGAGGUUAUGUCCUACAACAGUACUCUCUCCAGUCCCCACUUACAGUCUGUCCCCUCCACUGGUCCCAACACCCCCUUUUUGCCCACCGGCUCCCUGCUGGACAGGAAAGUGGUGGGUACUCCUUCAGUGGGGCUCUUUCAGCGUCGCCACUCUGUGUCCGUUACCAGCUCCAAAUCAACACAAAACCAGUUUAUUAACAGUCUCAAGAUGGACAUCUCGGCCUCCAUGAACAUGAGCAGCAACAAGGAGAACCACUUUCGUGAUCGGUCCUUCUCUGAAACCGGUGAGCAUCUAAGGCCAAGCAACAUCACGUGCAUUAGUGCCAACGGGAACAGCCAGGUCAACUCUAGUCGCUAUAAGACCGAACUCUGCAGGCCCUUCGAGGAGAAUGGCACUUGUAAAUAUGGUGAUAAGUGCCAGUUUGCCCAUGGGAUGCAUGAGCUUCGUAGUCUCAGUCGCCACCCCAAGUACAAGACCGAGCUCUGUCGCACCUUCCACAGCAUCGGGUAUUGCCCAUAUGGGUUACGCUGCCACUUCAUCCACAAUGCAGAGGAACGCCGUGGACCCCCUCCUCUCUCCGCCUUCAACAAGAUGGAGCGCCCUCGCCUUCAUCACAGCUACAGUUUCGCCGGUUUCACAAGCUCAGGGUGCUCCCAGGACAGCCCGACUUCUGUCACACCUCCACCUAUGUUUUCCACAGAGGACUUCACCAAAUGGCCUAGCAACCUCUUUACUUACUCAAGUCAAGAGCUUGCCAACCUGUUUGAGCCCAGUUUAGGUGGCAUCACUGUUCCCGAGCUGUGUGCUCCUCACUCGCCCACCGCACCCUCCUUCUUCAGGCCAAUGUCUGAGUCUCCACCCAGCCCACCAGACUCCCUCUCUGACCAGGAAGGCUACCAGAGCAGUCUAAGCAGUCAGAGCGGAUCCGAGUCACCAGUGCUGGAUGCGACACGCCGCCUUCCCAUCUUCAGCAGACUUUCUAUCUCUGACGAUUAAAACCUACGCUCCGAGAUCUUGGGCCUCAUUGAGUGAAAGCACAGAGAGAGCUGGUGAGAAAGAGAGAGUAAUUGUCCUUCUAGUAAUCCUUUCCUCUUCUUGCCUUGUUUACAGCAGAGAAGUGGACUAAAGUACAGUGUUCUUGUAGCUACCUUGUCAAAUCAGAAAUCCUACUAUCCAGUAGCAAGAUGUUUUUAGACAUCUAUAACAUGCCUGAUGUUUAUGUAACCGAAGAGCUGUUCACCUAUGACCCCACUCAAAUGUUCAAUCAAUCCAUAUUUAGUUUAUUAAAGUCAAUCUGAAGACCAGAGAUUUUCAAAAUUGUUCAAGGCAAGGACCUCCUUGCCAAUUCAAGAGGCAUCCUUAUCCAAGAACCUACUGUAUAUUAUAGCGGUGAUGCUUUUUGUACUUAAAAGUGCCAUAGUGCUCGCAAUAGAUCAUCGAGACAAAGUGCCUAUCUUCGUUUUACAGUUUAUGGGCUUAUCCAAUUACUUUGAUUUUCAAAGUUCUGGGUUAGAAAAUGCAUAAUGAAAGAAAUCUUGGGUAAAGCUUUUUACGAGUCAUCCUGAAAGAUACUUAUGUGUCUAGUGGUGCUAAAUGUGCUAUCACCGUGGUAAUUAUCCCUAGAACAUGUGAUCCCUUACAGUAAAAUUGUAUCUGCUGGUUGGUGGAUUAUGAAAGAGAGGAUGUCUGAGAGAGAGAGAAUGUCCAUUUCCUCUGUUCAUGUUACCACUAAAGAUGUGACGGUGGCCACUCAUUUUUUCAUUGUAAAAAGAUUAUUAUUAUUAUAAGAUGUUCUAUCAUUAAUUCAAUAUUGUAUUUCCCCUAUUAUUGUUGCUUUAAUAGUUAUUAUUACAUCAUUACAAUUAUUGUUGGUAUUGUUUGGAAAUGAAACUUUCAAACUGAAAGUUUUGCUUGUCACUGCUUAUUUACCUUAACUUAUCAAAAUUUAUUUAUUGCUGAUUGUAAGCAUUUUUUAUUUUGUUUGUAUUUAUCUGGAUAAUGAAACAAUAGAAUAUAUUUUCCUUUAUGUUAAAUUAUGAUCUUCCGUAUUAAUCGUAAGAUUUUUAUGACCUUUUUCGCUAAGUUUCAACAGUUAAUAUAUUAUACUGCAAUGACAUUUUUGUAACUACAUUUUGAUUUAUUUUUAAAGUGAAACAUAAUUUUAAAUUGUUUUACAUUUUAUUUAUUAUUUUUUCUCCCUAAUGUUGGACUGCAGUAUCAGGAUGUUUAUGCCUCUAUAAUCCUUUAUUAUUUGGCUCCGACCAGUUGUCUUGACAAUAAAAGUCAUGUGCCUGUAAUUUUACAAAUCCAAUGUUUAUACUGGCAUCCUCUUAUUAUGACUCAUUAUGGUAUGAACAAAUCGGCAACAACAUGUGUUAUAUCACCAAUAGUCCAAACCUUUGUUUGCAUUAUAAUCUGACACGUAUAAGGGAAUUGUUAAAUAUGCAUUAAGUAUUGAUUAUGCCCAGUUGAAACCAUGUUAUGUACAUCAGCGUGCAUGUGUUGUUUUGAUUUGUAUGACUCAAAAUUGUUAUUUGUUCACAAAUUUUGGACCACAUUUACUUGCUAAGUGCCUGACAGUACAUUCCAAGAGUCUCGUACUUUUUUAGGAUUGUAAUCCAGAGUUGUUAUAUAGAUUUUAGUACAAAUUUAAGGUUAAAAGACUUGACACUGAGAGCUACAGUUGAAUGUGUCCUAUGUUAGCAGCAUUGGCUGCUAUGUUCUGCAUCAAUAUGUUCUUUUGUAAUGACAGAUUGCAGUUUAAACCAAUAAAAUACCUAUUUAUAA